AUAUUAAUGAGGUUUAUUUAUUUAUUUUUCAAUUUUCUUCGGGAUUAUGCGAACAGUACAGUGAAAGAUGGACAAAAUUAUCAGUUUAAUAGCAGAAACACAAUCAAUGACGGCGAAGAUGGCGACCACUCAGUCGCAGUUCUUGAUGAACCUCUCUCAUGGACUCUCCUCCCAACGCAAUCUCAGCGCGGAUAAUCGUGUUUCAUCUUCUUCAUGUCAAAUUACACGAAAGAAUCGGUCAUGGGCAUUUCCAGUUUCCUUAAAAGUUGAGAAAUUUCAACUCCAACGAGGAACGAGAAGAAGAGGAUCACCAUGUUUGGUCAAAAAUGGGAUUGGUGAUGCUGAUGGGAUUAUAAUUGUCGAUCACGGUUCUCGCCGCCGUGAAUCCAAUCUUAUGCUUGAGGAGUUUGUGAAAAUGUUCAAAGACAAAACUGGAUACCCAAUUGUGGAGCCUGCUCAUAUGGAAUUGGCUGAGCCAUCUAUAAAAGAUGCAUUCAGUUUGUGUGUACAACAAGGGGCAAAACGAGUAGUUGUGAGCCCAUUUUUUCUGUUUCCUGGAAGACAUUGGCAUAAGGACAUCCCCUCGUUGACGGCUGAUGCUGCAAAGGAGUUCUCUGGCAUCUCAUACCUCAUAACUGCACCUCUCGGCCUUCAUAAUCUCCUCAUGGACGUUGUGAACGACAGAAUCCAACAUUGCUUGAGCCAUGUUGAAGGUGAUGCUGACGAGUGUCUUGUUUGUGCUGGAACAAACAAGUGCAAGCUCUACAAUAGUUCUUAGGUGUACAUGUAAGAACGUUUUUGUAUAUCUCCUCCUCUUCUCUAACCUUUCGGAUGCGGGAAAAAAAUAAGGCAUAUUAUAUUGUUCAUAGUCAUCAAUUAGUACGUCCUAUGUUUCAACAAGGGAGUUUUGAGCUAUAUGUCAUGUUCUUCUUAUUGCAGACCAAUUUGAAAGGACCACAAUAAUAUAAUAAGAGCUGCCUGUUAAAUGUCUUGUCUCUCCCUCUUAUCAACAACUUAAGAAACUGAAAUUUGAUGUAUCGUAUAUGAGCAAUGUUUCAUGGUUAUAAAAAUAUAAGAUUCUCUC